GCUGGUGGAGGUGGCCGACUUGGCCGCGGUUUUGGCGGUGGCGGGCAUGUGGGUGGAGGAGGAGGGUGCAUCGUCGGUGGGGGAGGACACACCGUUGGCGAAGCAACGGAAGGAUGUGGUGGAGGAGGCCGUGGAGGUGGUGGUGCUGAACGAUGUGGCGAAGCAGUUGCGGAAGAACAGCGAGAAGUGCUAGCGUCGCCAGAAGUGCCUGAAUUCAUCUUAUACAGUAAAACGGGGAAGACACAAAUUAAUGAACACCUUAACAAAUGA